UUUUUAAUCCUUCAAAAUGAAAAGACAAAGGCUUCAAAUCAUAGAAACUGACCGACCGAGCCGGAGAAGGUACAGAUGAAGAAGCUGGCGAGAAAUUGGCGAAAAUCUCAUAACUUGAGCUCAUCUCUCCCAACUUGGGAGGAUCCCUCCCUCAAUGAUUCUCGUCCCAUGGACACUGAAGAACAAGAAGAGUUGGUUCGAUCGCUUGAAAUGACGCAAGCUCAGCAGUCUUUUAUAUGGAGGUGGGUGUUCGCUGGACUUCUCUUCUGCUACGCUGUGUUUCAACUGUACUCCAUCUACCAGCAGGCUACUUAUCCAUGGAAACUGAGGUAUCAUGCUUACUUCAUGGAAGAUAUCGAUUCAUGGAUGGUAAUCUUUGCAGUAGAUUGGGUAGCUGUUUUAGUAUGCUCAAUGGCCAUUGUGGGUUUACUUCAUAAUUCAAAGCAUCAAAGGCGGUGGAUUUGGUACUCAUGCUAUACCGGGCUAAUACUUGCAGUUUUCUGGUUAUAUUACAUGAUAAGGAUGUCAAGAUUUCGAUGGGAUGUCUUCUGGCUUCCAUUCGGUCCUCUUUGCGGAGCUAGUAUUUGUCUCUAUGUUGACCAUCUACUUGCCCAGUCAUCAGAAGAAGUGAGGAAACUUAGAGGCUACAUGUUGGGAAAAGGAAGCUACAUGGAUCACUAAAUUUGAAAUGAGGAAUUUACAUCAUGCUUAUACCUUUCUGUACAAAUAAAUAACCAUGAGUUUUUCUCUUAAUCUCACAUGUGAUCACAAGUGGGGUGGCUUGAAGUUGGCAUAAUCUACUUCUACAAGUAAAAUUACUACACAAGUUUUUGCAAGUCUUUAAGUUGCUCCCAGCCGCAACUCUCUUUUUUAUUCGUUGUAUUUGCUUUAGCUAUGAUAUAUCUGAAUGGAUCUAUUUAUGUUUUGAUGUA